UUCGCUGUCAAUCUUUUUUUCCCCUGCCAGUUUACUUGCGAUCGCCAUAUUGGGUGCUCGCCUACUCGAAUGACUCGUCUGUUUUUCUUCGGAAUUACUACGAGACGGCAUCGGAGUCGCGCGCUGUUUUCAUGACUUGUUUUCCACGCGCCUUCGCCUUUCCGCACGCAUUCGCGCGUUUGUUAUGCGUGCGCUCUGCGUCUCGCUCGGCUCUCUCGGGAAGAAGGAUCGCUCUUAGUUAGACCGCGUCUGGCUCGAUUGCGACUGCGAUUCUCGGGACGAACUUUCACGUGCAAGAUGUCAAAAGUGCGCGUCUCCAAUGGAAGCCCGACGCUGGAGAGGGUGGACGCGAGGCAGGCGGAUCACGCCAAACUGCCGGUCUGCAGAAACCUCUUCGGCUCCGUGGAUCGCGAAGAGUUCGCGAGGGACGUCAAGGAGCAAAUGCUGGAGAUGGAGAAAGCGUCCAAGGAUAAAUGGAAUUACGACUUCGCCAAAAACGAGCCGCUCGCGCCUGGCGACUACGAGUGGCAGGAGGUGGACGCGAAAGAGGUGCCGGAGUUUUACACCAGACCGCCUCACGCAAAACAGGAUACCUCGACCGGGACAGUGGAUCAUAACGGGAACCACGACUAUUUGUUGACAACGAGCGUACAGGGGGACUCUGACAACGCGGAGCACGGGAGUCGCUCGGAUUGCCGAACGGCGCUGACCACGCCGAGAAAAAGACCGUCGACAGAGGAUCAGGAUCUUCCUUGCCAAAGUAAAAGAGCCAACGUCCAAGCGACCGAGGCGAACCGCUGUCCAGAGACGAGUUCGCACGCGCCCAGCAAGUCGGAUCCCAAAACGUAAACAAGAGAUAGAUGAAGAAGACUAUUUUCUCCAUCAAAUACUUCAAGAGCUUUAUGAAGUAAACAGGGACAGCGGUUGAAAAUUACAAAUCGAGCCUUGGAGAGGCUGUAUAAGCACUGAAUUUUUACACUAAAGUUUUGGCACUCGAAAGAAUAUAUUUGCCUCAAAAGCAGACAAUGUAGCAGUGUGCAAUUGGAGUUUCGUUUGUUCUUUUACUACCUAUGUAUAUACUUUCAUUUUAUAUGUAGCACAUUUAAAUGUAACAUUAAGAUAAAAAAAAAUAACACAAUCAUGUAUAAAUGGAGUGCGUUUGACUUGAAGAAUUGCUGUGCAGUUUUCCAAACGUCUCCCCAAAAUGAACCCUUUUAAAGUAAAUAUAACACACUCACACACACACACACACACACAAACACACACCAUUUCCCUUUAAUUAGGUUUAACAAUCCCAUUGUCUCAGUUUUGGCUGGCUCAGGAUGUUAACAGUCAGAAAUACACCUUCAUGUGUAUCAGUGUUGUGCUCAACAGCAGCAGCACAACCUUGGACAUUUUUUUUUAAGUUGCACAAAUGUCACUGUUUGUAAAGCAUUACAGACUUUUUCCAUCUUCUAUGAUCUGGCUAAAUUAAAAUGAUUCGAUAUUUGCAUUAAUACCAUUCAUGUUUAUUGGUACUUGUAUAUGAUUUUACCAGCCAAAGUUACAGCAUGUUGGGCAUGUGGUGUUCUUCUCUGAAGGGACUGUGACUCCUAGUGUGGUAUUAAGUUUUUCAUGUUUUUUUUUUUACAGUAUUAUUAUAUCCCCGGGUUACUCCACUAAUUUUAUUUUCUCUUUUUUAAAUUAUUUCUUUUUUUUUUUUUGCCAUAAAGAUGCAAAUUCACAUGAACUACAAAUCCUACUGAGUACACAUAAAAAAAAAAAAGUGCAACUGUAGUGACCAAUUGAUUUUCUUAUUUCUUGUUUUUGUCAAUUUUAUAUAUAUAUUUUUUCUAUUCAUUUCUGUGUAGCAUAAUGUAUAUAUAAAUAUAUAUUUCUUUUUUUUUUUCUUUAACACUGGGCCAUACAAUUAAGAACAAUGUUAGUCCAUGAAGCCACUUCUUUGCCACAAUAUAUUUGGCUUUCGUGUUGAACAUGACAUGGCACUAUGACAAAAAAAAAAAAGUAAGUAAAAACCGGCAAAACAUUAAAUUAAGACGUUACACUGCAUGUGUGUAAAACAUUGAAGUGUACCUGUGUGUACUGCUUUGUAAAGAAGAAAAAAAAAAAAAGAUAAAAAAAAAAAAACACUGAGGAAAUUAUACUAACUUAUUUAUGUCAAGCUUUUUGUUGUUUAUGACUAUCCAAAGUGGCAUUUGUGCAUUUUCUGUAUGUACUUCUUUUUAUAGUUUUUUUUUUUUCCCUCCACAAAUUUGUGCAAGGUUGCAAACUGAGCCUAUUAAAAAUUUGAUGUGGAUUGUGUACUGCUUUAUAAAUGAGAUGAUUAAAACAUAAUGACAUGAACACCUUCA